AUGGCCUUCUCCAAAAUCAUGACAUUGGCAGUCUCGGCUGCCGCCCUAGCUUCUGCCUCAGUACUUGGGCAGGGAUACGCCCACCUACCGACCAAGAGAUCUUCCGGAACAGUCACCGGAGCCGAAGACGGGACUUCCUACACAUGGUACUCAGACGGGACAACGGCGCAGUGCCCCGACCUGCCAACAGCCGACCUCGAAACAAGCCUGGACCAGUUUGACGGCAUCUUCCCGCGCCUGUACGAUGAGGGCACCCCUGGCGGCGGGAACGUAUCGGGCUACGGUGCGCUGUACUUGAGCUAUCCCGACGCGGGAACUUUUGCUUUCUACCUUGUGUACACGUCCGUUACCCCAAACACAACGGCCACUUGGGUUGAUACAGGCGCGGAUAUUUCAAACGUGUGGACCGCGAUCAAGGAGGACGUAUACGAUGUGUGGGCAGGCAACAACACAUUUCAAUGGGCGACAUACCAGAUCAGCAAGACGAUCGGUGGCAGCACGAACCAUGCUGGGCAACUCCAGAUCCAGGUUCAGACACCAAGCUUUGUGAAGGGCUGUGGCACUACAAAAUUCUAUUGUAAGCGCUGGCACGCCGGUUCAGAGAAGUACAUGUGA